GUCCUUAUCACUGUGAGAUAAUAAUUAUUAAUUUUUCGUCUUCAAUACAAACCGUAAAGGGUAAAAGUCGAAAGACUGAAAGUCUCAAAAACGUUGUGAUGCUCGGCGAAUGGCGAUUAAUGUAUCAUACUUUUUAUGUUACCGUAAUACCGUUAUAGUCGUCGAAGAUCGGAACGAUAGUGAACAGUAAACUGUAACACCAUAGUAACUGCGCUUGUAUCCGAAUACGAAACGAUGUCUUGUGCCUAUUGUUUUUGACAACGCCAACAGUAAUAUUUACAGUUUUCUGUCGAUUUUUCUAACACGAAUUUCCGCAUUAAAUACGUUCGGAUCUUCCGGUCGAACCGCCGUCGUCUACAAGCAUAUGGUUUUACGAGCAGCCUGUGCCUUUCCGUCCGACAAAUAUUUUGUAUCACAGAGAUUCCUCACUAUUUCCACGAUGAACAGGAGGAAACUGAAAUUGGACAUGACACAUUCUUCUUCGGAUGGGGAAUCUCGAGAAAUUGAAAAUUACGUUAAUAAUGUUAAAGAACAAAUUAUGAAUACAACUGAACAUAAUAAUUCUGACUAUGUAUGGCAAGAGUGUUAUGAUGAUGUAUCAGGAUUUAUUUACUAUUGGAAUACCCAAACAAAUAAAGUCACAUGGGAAAAACCAGAACAUUAUGAAACAGCACAUAGCAUAGAAAACCAAGAUGUUUUAAACAAAACAAAAAAUUCCAGAAAACGACUUUCAAGUGACUCUUUACCUACUCUUGAUCCAAAUUCAUGUAAUGGUUCUAAAAAAUCAAAACUAGAAUCUAAAGUUUUAAGUGCAUUAGUGGCUUAUGGAAGUGAUUCUAGUGAGGAUGAAAAUGAAGAUGAUAAGGAUCAAAAAACUACUAUACUUCAAAGGUUGCAACAAAAGGCCGAAAUGUUUAAACAAAAAGAAUUGGCUAAAUUACCUAAAGCUUCAUCACCUGGUCCAUGUAAAACAAACGGACAGCCUGAUAUUUUAGAUAUUAUUGAUAAAGAAGUACCUCCAGAUUAUUUAGUAGAAAAAUCUAGUACAUCAAAAUCUUCAGAAAAGAAUACUACUGGUGAUAUUUUUGAUAUUUUAAAAAGUGAAGUACCUCCUGAUUAUGCCAAUGACACUUUAAAUAAUAAUUCUGAAGAAGAAAAUAAAUUAAUUGUUCCAUUGGAUUCUAAUACAAAUGGUAAACUGCAUUCAAAAACCAUUGUCAAUGAUUCAAAAUCUAAAUACCAGUCAAAUACUGAUGAAAAAAUAAACAAUUUGACUUUAGAUUCUUUUAAAGAAAAUUCAUUAAAAUCUAUUAAUCUAAUUGCUAAUUAUGGAGAAGAAGAUUCUGAAGAUUUAGAUGAUCAAAAAAGUGAAUUAAAUGAGAAAUCACUUUCAUAUGUCCAAGACCCAUGUGCUAAUAUUAAAAUUGGAUUUGGUUAUUCUGUCUCUUCCAAUCAUAAAAACGGAGGUUCUAUAAAUUUUGUUAAAGGCGAAACAAUAAAUGUACACGAUAGUCAUAAUUCCAAUAAAAAUAAUGUUUUAACAAAACAUGAAAAAGAUACUAUUAAAAAUUGUGAUACGAAAAAAUCUAAGAACUAUAUUGAAGAUUUGUCACUGCUGAUCUCAUCAAAAUUACAUUUUUUAUCAGAUUGUGAAGAUAAUGAAAAAUUGUCAUCAGUUCAAGUUAUGACUAUUAAAAUUGAUACUUUAAUGGAAGCAUGGAAAGAUAAUUCUUUGAAUGAUGAAUAUUUUUCAAAGUGGUUGGAUGAAAUGGCUAUCGAGUUAUGUACUUUAGAAGAGUCAGUUGCACCAGAUGGAUGGACAUGCCAAUGGGACAAAAUUAACACGCGGUAUUACUAUCAGAAUGAUGUUGAUGGUCGUACCCAAUGGCAAUACCCAACUGAGGAAUCUGAACGUACUCCUUCACCACCUAUGAUAUCUAAUGCAAGCACUCCUCCUCCUCCAAAUAUUUCCGAACAAAACUCUUGUCACUCUGAACCAGUAGACAUGGAUAUCGAUGAAGAUAACCAUAAAGAAGACACUGAAAUUAUUGUUCCACCAAUUCCUGGAGAUGAACUAUCAUAUGAAUUGAAUUCAUUUUAUGCUGAUCUUGCUCAGUUUGAAUCAAAACCAGUUAUUGAAACAAUGAUUGCAGUUCCAUCGCCUGAAAUAAUUGAAACUGCGGCAAAUUUAAAAACCCCUGUUGAUGCAUUCAAAAACACUAAUGAUGAAGAAAAAGAAAUUGUCAAACCAAAGAAGAAGAAAAAGGUUGGAAAAUUGGAUGUGGGUUUAGGAUUAAAACAAAAAUAUGUAUCGUCACUGGUACAAAAAUGGCAACAAAUUCAAAAUGAAAUCAAAUGACGGCUGUUUUAUCAUUCACUCUUGUUUUGGAUUAAUUUCUCAAUCUUUAGUCUUACCAAUUUAAAUAUUAACAAUCUGUUUGUAAAUAUUGUAAUUAAUUUUAGUAAUAUAUCAUAAUAUAAUAUAUUUUAAGUAAGUUAAAUUUUAAAUUUAUGUUGAAACACUGAUGUGUAAAGUUGGUUAUUAAAAAAAUGUCAGCACACACAUUUUUGUAUAUCAAAAUUUAGUAACAAAGAUUCACUUAAAUUGUAAAUGAAAUAUUUUAAUUUUAUAAAAAUUUGAAAAAUUGUUUAUAUCAAAUCAUAUAAAAAUGAUUGUGCUGACAUUAUUUUAAGGAAAACUAUCAUGUAUCAUUGAAUAACAUCUGGUAUAGUACAUUAAGCAAUUAACAGACUGUGUUGAAAUUAGCUUAUAUGCUAUGUUCAAUAGUAAGGUACACCUUAACUUUUUUAUGCAUACAACCAGUUUUUUAAAUGAUUAAAUUUAUAAGCUGGUUUUUAUCUGAAAUUAUAAAAUUUAAUGACUAAUGGUGAAUUUAAUCAUUUAAUGUUGUAUAUUAUUUUAGUUUUAUUCUUGUAUACGGGAUAUUAUAUUAUUAAAUUUAUAGCAUAAAAUAACCUAAUUAUUAAUUGUUGAUGCCUGACAGACAUGUUUUUGUUAUGGCGUUAAUAUGAAUCACAUUGUACAACUGAUUAAAUAAUACACAUUUUUAUGAUGACAA